AGUUCCCGGGCUAUCGCAAGGCAACACCGACCAGAAAAGUACAACCAAAGCAGUCAGAAGACAAACAGCUACACGCUGUUGUUGACCUCGGCAGGUAUAGUCCCUCAGCACGUAUAAACGUAUCAACGGUAUUAACAACACAGCAAUGGCAUUCGAUGCUCAAUAUCAGACCUUUCCCCUCCUACGACACGUAUCAUGCCGACCAUCCAUGCUCGGCGAUUCAACAUAUCCCUAUACGACGCCCAGUUCGACUCCGAAACAGGCCAGCGCAGACCAAUUCCCCAGCAUGUCAUUGAUAAUGUCGUAAGCGUCAUUGUUCGCUUUCAAAUUGUCUGUGUGGAUUCGGAUGUGCCAUCGAGUCAUAUUCGUAUCGUUGCAACCGAGGCGACUCGCACUGCGAUUAACUGUCAACAAUUCGUCCAGGCCAUUGAACAUGCGACUGAUCUUCGCGUGGAGACCCUCCCCAAAGAGCGUGAGGGAACCAUCGGAGCUUGGGGCAUCGCCAGUGGGUUCUCGGAUAUCGAAGGCCUUGCGCUGGAUCUAGGUGGGGGCAGUAUGCAGAUGACCUGGAUCGUAUCGCAUGCUGGAAACGUACAUAUCAGUCCCCGAGGCGCUGUGAGCUUUCCAUACGGGGCUGCUGCUCUGACACAAAAGCUGGAAGAUAUGAAGCGGGGAAAAAGCAAAGAAGAGGCACGACAGGCCAAGGAGGAAUUUCGACGAGAAAUGGAGGAUAACUUUCGCAAAGCCUGGGAACAUCUGGAGAUCCCAGAUCAUCUUGCCCAAAAGGCCAAACGAGAAGGUGGUUUCCAGCUAUAUCUCUCUGGAGGAGGCUUCCGAGGCUGGGGAUAUCUGCUUCUCUAUCUCCAUCAGGUCCGUGGCGAGUACUACCCCAUAUCCAUCAUCAAUGGGUACACAGCCCGCAAGGAGGACUUUGAAAACACCGAAGCUCUCAAAAGAGAAGCCAAAACAGCGCACAAGAUCUUCCGGAUCUCCGAUCGACGACGCAAACAAGUCCCAUCCGUGGCAUUCCUCGUGAAUGCCCUAGCAGAGGCCGUCCCAUACGGCGUCAAAGCAGCACAUUUCUGCCAAGGAGGCGUGCGCGAGGGUUUGCUCUUCCAGCAGUUAGUCCCAGUCGUCCGUCAGCAGAAUCCCAUCGAGGUAGCCACCGUCCGCUUUGCACGCCCAUCAGCUCAGACCAUCGCGUACUUAAUCCUCGGUGCCAUCCCACGACCAGAUAAGGAGAAACGGUUCCCCAGCUCGAUCAGCUCGCAUGUCAUCCAGGCAUUCGCCAAUGCCCUCUACAUCCACGCAGCCAUGUCAAAGGAGCUUUCCUCAACAGCUGCCCUGUACAGCACCAGCGCCGGUGUCUUGUCCUCGGCAUCUGGUAUCCCCCAUAACGAUCGGGCCCGGUUGGCGUUGAUGCUGCAGGAGCGAUAUGGAGGUGAACUCCCGCCCCGCGAGCAUGAUUUCAAGAAGCGUUUGCAGGACCUUCUCACUCCGGAGCAAGUGUGGUGGACACGGUAUUUGGGGAAACUGGGACUAGUCCUUUCUCGGCUCUAUUCCACUGGAACUGUUGAUCCAGCGCGUCCUCGAGUGGUUCCAUCUGCCCGGUGGGCAACGGACCUGGGGAAGAAUAAGAAUAAACCUGGUAUUGAACUGAAGGUGUUAGUCCAGAAGGUGCCAUUCGAUCCAACCAGGCUCAAGGAAGAGCUGAAGCAGGAUAUGAAGAAGAUUCAAAAGGUGGGCAAGAGGAAGAAUUGGAUUGGGGGGAGAGAUGGCUGGGGGAUGAAAGUGGAAGUCAAGUUGGUCGAAGAUGAUAUGAUAUAGAUAGGUGUAGGCCACCUUGGAAAUAUUAUCUAUAUGCCAUUUUCAAGGCAUGAAUAUCCCACUCAUGCUUUUCUGGAUAGUAGAGAUGUUCAAGGGGUCGAAGCAAAAAGAGGAAGAAAAAGAAGAGCAGAUAAACAGCACCCAUGACUAAUUCAAUCACCGAAUCAAACUCCGAAGUCCGAAAUAGCUUCAUAUUUCAACAAAAUAUCGCAUGCAUACAUAUUACAUCUAC